UUUCUGCGUCACCUCGCUUAUUUUUCACGCUUAAAUCCAAACGUUCUCGCGAAACAAACGCCCGGUAUUUCCCACUCUCUCACUCAAGCAAACAAUCAUGACAAAAUCCUACGAUCCAAAGACCCAAACCUACUCAUCUCCACGACCGCCCAUCGACUUCCCCACCAAUCCCAACCUCUCCCUCACCUCCUUCCUCUUCCAAUCCUCUUUCCCACACAGCCUUGCUCUCAUCGACGCUGAUAAUGGUAAGUCAAUUACAUUCCACCAGCUCAAACUCCAUGUCUGCAAGCUCGCCCAUGCUUUGCUCCGGCUCAACAUUCGCAAAAAUGACGUCGUCCUCGUCGUCGCCCCCAACUCAAUCGACUUCCCCGUUUGCUUCCUCGCGAUAGUCGCUCUCGGUGCUAUCGCUUCAACCUGUAAUCCUUCUUACACUGUUGCGGAACUCUCAAAGCAAGUCACAGAUUGUAACCCCAAGCUCAUCAUCACCGUUCCUGAACUAUGGCACAAAAUCGAAAAAUUCAAUUUGCCAUCGAUAAUGAUACCUUCCUCGAAUUCCACUAGUAUUACGAAUAUGACUACUUCAAAAAUUUGGUAUUACUCUGAGUUGAUAAAAUCUAAUCGAGCUUGUGAUUUUCCGGCUACAAAUGUCACGCAGAGCGAUAUAGCAGUCCUUCUGUAUUCAUCCGGCACGACCGGGACAAGCAAGGGAGUGAUUCUAACGCAUCAGAACAUCAUCGCAACGUCGCUAAUGGUGACGGCCGAUCAGGACCGAUACGGCGACCCAAAGAACGUGUUUCUGUGUUUUCUGCCGAUGUUUCAUGUGUUUGGCCUCGUGGUUGUCACGUAUGCACAGCUUCGGAGAGGGAACACAGUGGUUUCGAUGGGAAAGUUUGAAUUUGAGAAGAUGCUGGGGGCGGUGGAGAAGUAUAGGGUGACUUAUCUGUCCGUUGUUCCGCCUGUGAUGAUUGUACUGGCAAAGCGGAAUGCUGUGCUGAAGAAGUUCGAUUUGUCAUCAUUGAAGCGGAUUGGGUCAGGUGCGGCUCCUUUGGGAAUAGAUGUGAUGGAGGAGUGCGCGAAAAAUCUCCCUCACGCUGCAAUUACUCAGGGAUAUGGUAUGACAGAAUCAUGCGGACUCAUUUCAUCGGAAAAUCCAAGGGAAGAAUCCUGCCUUUCUGGUUCAGCGGGAACACUUGCUCCGGGAGUUGAAUCCCAAAUAAUUAGCACUGAUACUUUAAAGCCUCUUCCACCUAAUCAAUUGGGUGAAAUAUGGCUUCGAGGACCUAAUAUGAUGAAAGGUUAUUUCAACAAUCCGGAAGCCACAAAACUAACUAUAGAUGGGCAAGGAUGGCUACACACUGGAGAUCUUGGAUAUUUUAAUGAAGAGGGACAAUUAUUUGUGGUAGAUCGAAUUAAAGAGCUCAUUAAGUGUGAUGCUUUCCAGGUGUCACCGGCAGAGAUUGAAGGCUUGCUGCUUUCUCACCCUGAAAUAUCAGACGCCGUUGUGAUCCCAUUUCCAGACCCUAAAUCUGGUGAAGUCCCAGUUGCAUAUGUUGUCCGCUCUCCAAACAGCUUGUUGACAGAAGAAGAUGUUCAGAAAUUUAUCGGAAAGCAGGUCGCACCAUUUAAAAGAUUACGGGCGGUAACUUUUGUAAAAAGUGUCCCAAAGUCAGCUUCGGGGAAGAUUUUGAGGAGGGUGCUCAUAGACAAAGUCCGAUCGAAGAUAUAGAGAAUGAUAUUGACACAGACAUGUGACAAAAUUGCCAACAGAUUCUAAAUAAAGAUCAUAUCAGUAUAUGUGACUCGGUUCGGUAGUAUAUUCAAAUUUUCAAGCGUUAGAUGAUAUAAA